AUGGCGUCGAACCCUUGGGAAGUUUCCGAUGCCGAAUACCAGAAGAAUGUGCAAUUGUUCAAUCAGCUCACCGUUGGACAACCAUAUAUGGAUGCGAUGACCGCCAAGAAUGCGCUGAUGCGCAGCAAUCUGCCGCCGCCGAUUCUCGCGCAGAUUUGGGCACUAUCGGACCUUGACAAAGAUGGAAGGCUCGACAUUCGCGAGUAUUCGAUUGCGAUGCGGUUGGCGUUCAAUUGUCUCGCCGGAUUGCCACUUCCUCCGGUGCUUCCGCCAUCGCUUCUUGUGGUUCCGAGCCGCAGCACACCGCUCCAUCAGCCGACAUUCCCACCGAUGCCCGUUGGCCUCCCGCCGGUGGUUCCAAUGGUCCCGCAGGCGUCUGGAUGGUCGGCCAGUCGAACAUCAAGCGUUGAUCAACACACUCCUGAGCGUCGAAUGUCCACCAACUCGGUUGGCGUGUUUCCAGGAGGUCCCCAAUCAAGGAACAACUCGAUUACAGGAAGUCCGAUCAAGACCGAUCGAAGCAUUUUCGAUGGGAAGCAACUCGAGAAUUGGGCGAUUCCGCAUCAUUCGAAACUCAAAUAUAGCCAAUUAUUCAAUGCCUUGGACAAGGAUCGUGUCGGAUUCCUAUCGACACAGGCGGCUCGCAGCGCUCUCGGCCUCAGCGGUCUCGGCACGAACGUUCUGGCGCAUAUUUGGCUGCUCUCUGAUGUAAAUAAGGAUGGGAAAUUGUCGGUGGAGGAGUAUUGCAUUUCUCAGUACAUGAUCGAGAUGUUCAAGGCGGGAUUCGCUUUGCCGGCCACAACACCGCCGGAGUUGAUGCGAAUGUGCGGUGUUUCGAGAUCGGCGACGAAUACACCGGAACUCGAGCCGGGCGCCGAGCCGCCGCAGAAGACGCCGACGCCGAAGACGUUCGAAGACAAACGUCAAGACAAUUUUGCCAAAGGUCAAGCGGAGCUCGAGCGACGACGGCUCAUCCUCUUGGAAGAGGAGAAUCGGCGGAAGGCUGAGAUUGAGAAGAAGGAGCGCGAAGAAGAAGCGAGGCGUGAGCGUGAGCGAGCCGAGAAGGAGCGCCAAUUGGAGAUUGAGCGGCAAGCGGAACUCGAACGUCAGCGGAUUCUCGAGCAGCAACGCGAAGAGGAGGAGAAGAAGCGGCGUGCCGAGUUGGAGAAGCGUAGGGAAGAGGAGGAGCGAUCGAGGAAGGCGGCCGCCGAGAAGGCGCGCGUCAAACAGCUUCAGAAUCAGAAGCAACAGGAGAGCGAGCGUGUCGCUCAGCGGCAGCAGCGCGAGAAAACGCUGGCGUUUCAGCUGCAGGCGCUCGAUGAGAAACAAUCGGAUUUGGAUGGCGAUAUUGCCAAGGCCAAGGAUGCCGUCGCUGCGGUGACCGGAGAGAUCGAAGGGAUGCGCGCGAUUCGCGAUGAGAAGGUCGCCAAGAUUCAAGAACUUCAGAAGGAGAACCAGAAGCUUGCGAUUGAAUCGCAAGAAAUGAGCCAUCAACUGCUUCAGAUGCAGAGUGCGCACAAAGAGACGGCGAAUCGGAAGGCUGAGCUGGACGAGUUGCGGCGACGCAAAGAAGCGAUGAAGAGCGCUCUGGAAGAAAGCAAAGCUCAUUUGGAGGCUGAGAAGGAGAAGACGAGGAAGCAGAAGGAGGAGCUCGCCAAGAAGGAGGAGUCCUAUAAAGAGGAAUCCUAUUCGAAGCUUCUUUCGAAGCGCGAAGAGUAUCGUAAGAUGUUCGAGCUUCUUGUUCAUGCUCAGAAGCAGGCGCAAAUCAAGAUUGCCGAGCUUGAAGCUUCGAGAAAACCGAACGGGCACGUUCCGAAUGGAAGCGCGUUCGCCAAUUUUGAUGAAGCGUUUGGUGCGACGGCGGCGGCACCUCAACCGGCUCCGGCUCGUCCGCCGCCGGCGUCGAAUCCGGUGAUCCCAACGUCGGAAUCGAGGAACUCGGUGGCGACAUCGUCGCAAAUCGAUCCCACCAAAGAGACGACCAAAUGUCGAGCGCUAUUCGCGUUUGAGGCGCGAACCGAGGACGAGCUGAGCUUCGAGCCGGGCGACGUCAUCAUUGUGUUCCAGUCGCAUGCCGCCGAGCCGGGAUGGCGUGCCGGGCAGCUACGCGACAAAGUCGGCUGGUUUCCCGAAGCAUUUGUGGAGCCGAUUGCCCAACUACCGCAAACGUCCACGGAGCCGCCGAUUCAGAAUAUGCCGCCGAAUAUGACGCCGUCGUGCUCAUUGGACGGAAUUCCCGAAGAGAACGCGAUGAAGAAGGAGAUGCAGGAGAUGCUCAAGCCGAAUUUAAGCGUGACUGAUGCUUCAAAGCCAUCCCUAUGCCAGGUGAUGGCUCAAUUCCAGUGGCGAGCUCGAAACGACGAUGAUCUGUCAUUCGCGAAAGGCGAUGUUAUCGACGUUAUUGAAAAACAGGAAAUGAAGUGGAAGGGCCGGAAGUCAACGGGCGAGUGUGGUUGGUUCCCGAAGAGCUAUGUGAAAGUUGUCGGCGGCGAGACGACGCCGACAACCGGCUCGCCGAGCAAACCAACGCCACCGGCUCCACAAUAUGACGUCGUGCCGGGCGAGAUUCCAACGAAGCCGUCAGGAUCCGAUGAGGAGAUUUAUGUGGCGCUGUUCGAUUUCGAAGCCGCCGAGCCAACCGAUCUUGCGCUGCGCGUCGGCGAUAAAGUGCACGUCAUUGAGAAAAAUGAUGAUUGGUGGAAAGGACGAUGCAAUGGAAAGGAGGGCAUCUUCCCGGCGACGUAUGUUCAGAAGGAAUCGCCGACGUCGUCAUCGCAGCCUUUAGGUGAGUCUCCGGCUGCUCCAACACAAUCUUCGCCUUCUGUCAUUUGUCAUGCGCAAGCGAUCGUCGAUUUUGUGGCGUCGGCGCCGAAUCAGUUGGGAAUCAAAAUUGGUGAACUGAUCAAGGUGCGCGAGAAGAGCGAUGCCGGUUGGUGGGAAGGCGAGACGAUUCGGAACGGUGUUGCCGUCGCUGGAUGGUUCCCCGGCGAGUAUGUGAAAGUCGUUGAAGCGGGAGUCGCCGACGCGACGACGCUCGAAGCGGUCGCGAUGUUUGACUAUGAUGCCAGUCAAGGUGAUGAGCUCUCAUUGAGAGUCGGAGAUGUUGUCGUGAUAACGGAGAAGACCGAUGCCGAAUGGUGGACGGGGCAUAAAGCAUCGGAUCCAUCGAAAUCGGGACUGUUUCCAGCCAAUUAUGUACAAUUGAAAUAG